GGCUAAUUUGGGAUUCCUUAACUUUUACUUUAGCUUAACUGUGAAUUCAGACAGCAAGUUCCUUGACAGACUGUCUUUAAAGGUAAAGGUGUCCAGAGAAGCUUCUGACCACUAUAUUAACUGAAUGUGCUAAGCCCAUACCACCACAAAACAUAGACCAGGUCAGAUCAGAUCAUCUGCUUCUAGACAGCUUUGCUUUCUAGUUUCUCAUCAAGCCCUGUGUUAUCAGUCAUGGCUGGAAGUAAUCAGGCAGUGAUGUUUAUAGCCAUUGUUUGUUUCCUUUCACCUACAUUAAUGGAGGUUAGCUCUGGGUUUCAGUAUACAGUUGGAGAUAAAAAUGGCUGGUCAGUACCAAACAGCACCAUGGAAACUAAAACCUACAGUCAGUGGGCUCAAGAAAAAAGAUUCCAAGUUGGAGAUACUCUCUUGUUUGUUUACAAUGCAAACGAGGAUUCAGUGGUGCAAGUAAGCUCGGCAGAUGACUUCACGAAUUGCGACAAUUCACAGGCCAUUGCAACAUUCAAAGAUGGACACACAGUUUUCAAUCUCUCUCACUCUGGCCCCUUUUAUUUCAUCAGCGGAAACAGUGACAACUGUAAGAAGUCUGAGAAGAUCCAUGUGAUCGUCAUGAGUAUGCGCAACCAUGGUUCCAAAUCAGCAUCACCAGCUCCAACCCCUGUUUCAUCUUCAGCUCUGGCUCCUGCUCCAACUCCAUUUUCAGCACCAUCUCCAGCUCCAAUUUUUGAUAUGUUAGCACCUGCUCCUUCCCCUGAAGCCAGGCCCCCAACCACUGCUGCUGCUGCACCAACAUUCCAGGCUUGUGGAACAGCUUUAACUGUUUUGUUGUCCACAAUUCUGUCUAUCUCUCUCAUGUAGACAAGUUUUGGGCUCUGCAAGCCUUUGGUGUUGCUUAUAUAUAUAGUGAGUGCUGCUAAGUGUUAUGUGGCCCAUUUUUCUGUCUCUGUCUUCUAGUACAGUUGAAGUCUGGGCUCCAGAAGGCAUAUGACAUUGCAGUCUAGGGUUUGAGAGUCUGAGUCCAUUUUGGAGAGUUGCUUAUAUAUAGUGAGUGCUACUAGGGUUUGAAGAAUUCUCAAAUUGUGGUUAUUUGAAGUUUAUUGUGAAAUCUUAUUAGGGUUUGGGAGAUGCAUAUGACAUUGCAGACUUGGCUCAUUGUGACUUAUUUAUCAAAGUUUUUUUUAAUGAUUAUACAUAUAAUAACAUAACGUUCUUUCAUCUUA